AUGACUUCAACAAGUUCCGGCAUGAAUGUCUAUGUGGCUGCUGCUGGCCACUCCUUUGUGUCGCAGAGCGGCCUGGUGGCGGUCCUCAAGGCCGUCCGCAAGCAUGGUCUGCCAGAUGCCAUAAGCCGCCCGACCCUCAAAAGGAGACGGGCAGACGCGAUUCCACAGGAGACGCCUGUGGGCCCGUUAUGGCCAGCAUUCAACUACUCUGUGAAGGCAACAGCCUGCUGCAGCUUCCUGUUUGCAAUCCCUAUGCCUUGCUCUAUGCUGGGCAAGGGAGCUUUUGAAGAUUUAGAAAAGGCACUGGGAUUGACGUUCUCGGCUGAAGGGGCACUUUAUGAUGAGAACUUUAUGAAUUCCAUUCCCGGUGCUGUCUCCAUGACAUCCUACGAUUGGAUGCACAUCUAUUUGGUUUCAGGAUUAUGGAACUCUGAAGUUUCCUUGUUGCUUGAUGUGCUCAACAAAGAGCAUGGGAUGGGAGCUCCAGCUUUAGCCAAUUUCCUCAAAACUGUCACGUGGCCCAAGAAAGUUUCCUCCAAAGGCACCACUGGUAUCAAAGUAGUCGAGAAGCACAAGGAGGGACACUUGUCCUGCUCAGCUUCUGAAGGGUUGUCUCUGUAUCCUUCAGUGCGAUGCUUCUUGCAAACCAAAGUGCCGCAGUCUAUAGCAGAGUCAGCAGCAUUUAAGGCGGUCAGGAGCUACUAUUGUUUAGCUGCAGUUUUGGACCUUCUGGUGAAGACCCGGAAAGGGGCAGUGUCACCGGAUGAACUCCAGCAAUCUAUCGAAGCUCACAUGACCGCCCGUUUGGAUGCCUAUAAGGUCGUGUUGUCCCAAUACUUGGAGCUGCAGGAAUGGGAACGCAGAGGCGGCAUUGAACUCAUUGAUGCAAAGGAGGCGUCAGUUGACAUGACCAAUGGGCUGAAACAAACCCUUGGGCUGACCCUGGACCCAUCCGUAAGUGUGGCAACCUUAUUUCCCUUCUUCUACAAAACGGUUGCACCGCCAGUGAGGCACACAGAGUGCUCAAAGGCGCCAUCAGUGAAUAUUGUCCAGGUCUUGCAGAUCGACCGGCUGAUCUCCAGUCGCUCUUUUGGCAAAACGCCUGCUCGUGUCUCCACUCGCCAGCUCUUUCAACAGCGCUUUGAUAUUGGGUGGCACUUUCGCAAUGAUGUCUCUGGGGUGGCCUUUAGCUGUGGCAUCAGCAAUGAAAUCAUGAGGCUGCUUCACUUGCGGUCGGAAAAACUUGUCUACCACUUUGAUCAAUGUAAGGUGCCCAACUCGCAUGCUGAUGCUUUUGAUCGCAAAGGAGGCCCUGGGGCCUUCUCUCUGGCGCGGGAGGCAGUGCCGCAGCUAGGUCUCUUGGAGCUCGUUGCACCGCUUCUCAAAUGA